AAAAUAAAUAUAAAUAAAAAUUUAAAGGUUUUGCAUUUGUACGUUUGGCAACAUCUUCUUGCUCAGAUUGCUUGCUGUUGUAAACCUAAGUUUCAAAACAUAUAUAUUUUUUUAAUGUUAGGUUGUAUUGCAAAGGGAUAUGGAUGAAAUAUUUUUGUCGGAUGAUAUUUUCCAUUACCUAUCAACUUAUUUAGCCCCAGAAGAUUGUAUGUCUUUGUGCUUAUCUGGCGUUUUCGAAAGAUAUGCAGAUUUUUAUUCGAGGAGACGGGUUUGGAAGCUUUGUCGACGCUUUUCUCUGAAGCCUGAUAUUUGCCAAACAUUUUUUUCUACAUACCUGAAAUCUGCUAAUGUUCAUGUUCUUGAUUUUUGCCACUGUUUUUGGCUGCCCGAGGCUACUUUAUUGCAAAGUUGCUUGUCUCCAAAUCUAAAUAAUUUAAAAGAACUUAAUUUAUCUGAUACACAGCUAUCAUUAACAUCAAUCAUUCUACAUGUCCUACCUCAAUGCCAGAGUUUGACAAAGUUGUCUGUCAAUAUUCCUGAGCCAACAUGGGAAGCUUUUAAUGGCAAACUUCAAGGAUAUGCCGACACCUACAAGGAGAAUUUUAAGAAGCUUACUCAUUUAAAAUUGGAUCUGCUUGAUGGCAGCUCAUCUUUAAUUUGGCUUCUUUUAUUUAAUGUUUUAGGGUGGUGCAGAGAUUGUAUUCAAUUGCAUAUAAAUUUGUUUGAACAACCGCAACGGAAUGACAUAUACCCUGUCUUUGAAGAGGACGAGGAAUCUAUUGCUGUAGUAAGCUUGGCCAAAGAGAAUCUCUAUGACGCUAUGAAAUGGAUGAUAUCAUUAAAAAGUAUCGCCGUCCUCAAGAAAUCGUCAGACAGUUGUCUCGAGGAUUUUUGUCGUUGGUUACUACUCGAAUUAAAUCCACCUGGCUUGGAGAAAAUCUGGAUCCCGUCUGUUAAACACAUUGGCGCCAAGUAUAAACCGGAGUCUAUGCUAACUUGCUUUUACUUGGGUCGAUCUCCAUUGUCUCGUGCUUUUUUUUCACAAAUGACCCACCUGGUUGAAAUGUCCAUUACGAGCAAUUUAAUUUUACCGCGAUUACGGUUUUUCAAGGGAAAUUUUUUCUCAGUUUCGAUUUUAGACAAGUUUUGCCAGAAUCAUCCCCAAUUGGAGUAUUUACAUUUUGAAGAUCGAGUUUUUGGCGGCAACAGACGAAAGAAGCCAAUCACCUUUCAAUGUCUAUGGGCGUUGGCUCAGUUACGAACGUUAAUCUUUGCCCGCAGGAGACCCCACCAAGAUGUCUUAAUCAAGUUUAUGGAUUCAUGCUCCAACUUGGAGCAGCUACAGAUUGGGGAAUUUUGUUAUUAUGGCAUGCUGAUCUUCGACCGACAAAUACCCGUUCACGAUUCUUUUGAUUGCCUCGCGAAACAAACGCAUUUGAGGAAGUUGUCUCUCAAUAGUAUUGAAUUCAUUGAUGGCUUCUUUAUCGAACGGGUGCUGAAAAAUUGCCAGAAAUUGGAAUGCUUACAUCUAUCCGGACAGUUUUUUGUAAAUUGGGUUACUUUUCAUCACGAUUUAUGCAAAUACCUUCCAUUGGGUAAAUAUUUGCGAGAUCUCCGAAUCCAGAGAGAAGGAAUGACUGAUUCAAUCCUGAUGGAAUUGCUAUCGGCUGCCGGAUCAUGUCCAUCACUAGAGCGUCUGAUGAUUCGUCAGUACAAAGGGAAUUCUAUUGAUAAGGAACUUGAUUCCAUUUUACCACAGUGCUUAAUGAAUCUUGUCAGCGUUCGGCUACCGCGACUGUUGGCUUUUUGUCUCAUUUAUCGGUUACAACGUAAAACUGUAAUGGCCAUCACCGAUGCAUUUCGGGAAAAUAUUUUACCGAUCCGUCCAUCUUUUUGGUUUUUUAUCAACGAAACCCUUCCUUGUGAAAUCAACGUCCCACGCGUUCAUUUCGAUGGUAUUAUCGAUCCAAAUAUUGAUUCAAUUUCCGUCUUUGGAUAACCAUCAAUUUCCGUCUUUGGAUAACUAACCCGGACAAGAAUAUGCAAUAAAACUUCUACAAAGAAAAAAA